UUAAACUACCAUUUCGAACGUUUUUACUUACAUUUGUUUCCUGAUAUUGUGUCGUUCGAAAACCAGUUUCAUCGGUAUGUGACGAAAAACUUAAUUAUUACAAUGUAUGGAUAAAAUGAUUCUGUGGAAACUGUUUUCGUUUUAAUGAAUAAUGGAUGAAAGUCUGUUUUUUCGGAGUCAACAUCCCGGAAAAGAUAAAACCGCACAAAUUUUUAAUAUUUCACGUGUUUGCCUUAAAUUUAUAUACAUAAGAGAAUAGUAAACAUCUUUAUAAAUUGUUGCUUAGUAAACUAAACACUCUCGAUUAUUAAAUUCAAAGUCGUUGAUCGCACUAUAAUAGAGCAAGUGAUAAUGAACUUAAUGAAACAAGGAUGGUUCAGUGAAAUGAAUCAACUUUGGCCGGGAAUUUCUCUCUCACUGGAAGUCAAACAAAUUCUUCAUCAACAAAGAUCUAAUUAUCAAGACGUUUUAGUUAUCGACACAAAAGAGCAUGGCAGAGCACUAAUUUUAGAUGGAAUUAUUCAAUGCGUCGAGAAAGAUGAAUUCUCGUAUCAAGAAAUGAUAGCAUUUUUGCCUCUUUGCAGUCAUCCAAAUCCAAAGAAUGUUUUAAUAAUUGGCGGUGGCGAUGGCGGCGUGGCUCGCGAAGUUGCAAAGCAUCCGGAAGUUACAAAUAUCACCCAAGUGGAAAUUGACGAUGUGGUGAUAGCAGUAUCGAAGGAAUAUUUGCCAUUUAUGGGAAAAGGUCUCGAGCACCCGAAACUCACUCUACACGUCGGAGAUGGUUUUGAGUUUAUGAAGCAGCACAAAAAUGAAUUCGACGUCAUUAUCACCGACAGUUCCGAUCCUGUUGGUCCAGCCGAAAGUCUCUUUCAAGGUUCUUACUUCAAUCUCAUGAAAUCGGCUUUGAAACCAAAUGGAAUAAUUUGCAGUCAAGCAGGAACGGCAUGGGCCAAUUUAGAGUUUGUUCAACGCACUUUUAGACUUUGCCAAUCCACAUUUCCUGUCUGCUCAUACGGAAUCGCUUCAGUUCCAACAUACCCCACUGGGCAAAUUGGAUUUAUUUUGGGGAGCUUAAACCCACAAACAGUUUUCAAAAAACCAGAAAAAAUAUUCACAGAUGAGGAAUUAGAGACUUUGGGGAUGCGAUAUUAUACCAAAGCAGUGCAUCGAGCAGCUUUCGAAUUGCCAAGAUUCAUUGAAAAAUCUUUGAGGCACAGAACUUCGCCUAACGAAGCAAGUCAAUGAACUCACAAUUUUAUAUCAACAGUUUUCAAAUAAAAUUUUUAAGUAACUUACUA